AACUUGUAUAAGCUGUGUAUAAGCCGUGAGACGGCAGGUCUUACCAUGGAGACUGUGGUAUUUCUAUUUGCUUCUCCUGUUUACGGUGUAAUUGCAUGAAACAGCAGCGUCUUGGAGUCCAAUGUUCUGAUUCCUCACUCAUGCUCUGGAAGGGUGUUUUCUCUUGCAGAGACUGACGAUUCUAAAGGAAAAAGAUGUCCUCCUCAAGACAAGCCUUACUUCUGGAGCAGAAGGCCCAGACCCACUUGUGUGCUGCAAUAUUCAAUGAGCGGUCCAAGCAAUGGGAGAAGACUGUGGAACACUAUGAGAUGUUGUUGAGGAUUCUGAACAGAAGACUCUUCUCUGAAUGUGCAGACAUACAGCAACAUUACAAGCAACUGAUUUAUGAAACCUAUUAUCACUUAGGUAUUGCUUUUCAAAAUAUAAAUCGGCAUGGAAAAGCAGUAUUGCAGUAUACUAAAGCAUUACAAGCCUCAUCUAUGCAAAAGAAAAUCUGCACUGUUGGCUGCUCCGUAGGAACAUUUCUGCACACCCCUGUAUUGACUCGUCGAGCAUUUGGAUUUGUUAAAUGUGGUCAAACAAAGAAAGCUCUACAAGAUGCAGAAACUGCCGUUGUUCUAGACAGCUUAAACCCUGAUGUGUACUGCGUCAGAGCUCUAGUGUGGUGUACAAUGCAAAAGGAAGAGGAAGCUAUUAAAGAUUUAAAUUACAGCCUACGUCUCAAUUCAUCUCAUGUCUGUUCUCUUAUUCUGCGAGGAAACAUUCAAAAGUACAUAACACAGGAAAAUAAUGCAUACAUUACACUGAAUGACGAUCAAGAAAAGGCUUUACAAAUGAACUACUCGUCUGUCCGAUUUUCACAUAUAAAGGACUUUAACAGCCUUCAUAUAUCUGAGUUCUACAAUAGUUUUCUGUGGUCAUUAAAUGUACCACACACAGUGGUAAAUCUUCCACGUGUUUUCCCUUCAGUGCAAAAUUCCAUUCCAUCUAAAAGAACAUCUUCUGCACCUGCAAUUCUUAGGAGUAAAAUCACAGAGUCACUUCAUGAGGACCAAUUUAAAGCGUCUUUCCGUUGUGGUACUGUGACCAGCUAUGCCAAAACCCCUGAAUUGGAAAGCAGAAGAAAACAUGCAAGAGCUACGUCUGCAUACUGUUUAGGAUUGAGAGCAAAACAAAGUCCAGCAUUGUCAGCCAUCAGCUUUAUCCAAUUUUCUGCUGUUUCACCAAUCCAAGAAGCAAACACAGGAUCUCUGUCAAAAGAAUUAGUCAAACUGCACUCUAUGAUACCGCCAAGAAGGUAG